UGCUCCUGAUCUGGAAUGUUACAAGGGAGAUCGCAGCCAAGCUGAUCGCUUGCAGGAGCAGCAGCGGCGGCGGCGGCAAAAGCUGGGAGUCGGACGGAAAGGCAGGAACUCGAAAGGCUGGCUGCUGUUGCUGCUAUUGCUGCUGCUGCUGCUGCUGGUGGUGCCGAGCACGCCGGGCGAUGAAGCGCCGAAAGCUGGCCGUGGCAGCCGGCUUCUGCCUCUCCUUCUUGCUGGGCACUUUGCUCAACGUCUUAUUCAUCCCGGCCUUUGAUCCCCAGCAGCAGCAACAGCAGCAAAACGCGGGCGUCACGCACUCGCUGGCCGGCUCGCCUCGAGACCCGACGGGGGAGGCGGCCCGGAGCGCCGGCGGCCGCCGCGGGGACUUAACCCGUCAGAUCCGAGAGCGCUACGAAGAGGUGCUGCGGUACCAGCAGCUGCCGCCGCCGCCGCCUCGGGAAGCAUCGGCGGUGCCGGCCGCCUCGGCCGGGGCUCGGCUGCUGAUGAGACCCCUGGAGAGGCGGCUGAUGGAUCUCGCUCCGCCUCGGCUCUCCUCCUCCUCCUCCUCCUCCACCGCCUUCUCCUCCUCGUCCACCGAGCUCAGUCCCAGGGAUCGCCCCUUAUCAUCCAAAGCCCGGGCGCAGCCCCUGGCGGAUGGGGUCCUCCGCCCCGAGGCGUCCUGGCAUCCCCGAGCCACGCUGGACCUUUCGCUCAGCCCGCUCCGGCUGGGAUGCCGAGACAUCCGCAACGUGACCAACGUGCAUUACCUGGGCUCCGGCUACACCAAGGCCGUCUACAAAGCCGUGCUCAACCGGAGCCUGGCGGUGGCCCUCAAGUCCGUCGAUUUCGGGGGUCACGACAUCGACAAUUGCGUGAAGCUCUACCGUUCCCUGGAAGACUGCUAUCGGUUGGCCUCCUACAAGAUCGUCAAGGAGAUGGUGCUUCUGCAGAGGUUACGGCACCCCAACAUCCUCCAGCUUUAUGGAUAUUGUUACCAAGACAGCAAUGACAUUUCAGAUACGCUGACUGCCAUCACGGAACUGGGGUCACCACUGGAGAUGAUACAACUUUUACAGACUUCUUGGGAGGACAGAUUUCGUAUAUGUUACAGCUUAGUUCGGCUUCUGCAUUACCUGGCCCACUCUCCCCUUGGCUCAGUGACACUUUUGGACUUCCGACCUCGACAGUUUGUGAUUGUGGAUGGAGAACUCAAAGUGACAGAUCUAGAUGAUGCUAGCAUAGAGGAAACGUCUUGCAGUAGCAACAGAGACUGUUUUAUGGAGUUCCCAGCAAGAAACUUCACUCUUCCUUGUUCUGUUGAGGGCAAAUGCCAAAGUAUAAAUGAGAAGAGGAAUCUUUACAAUGCAUACAGGUUUUUCUUCACGUAUCUCCUGCCUCACAGUGCUCCUUCAUCUCUGAGACCAUUGCUGGAUGCAAUCGUUAAUGCUACAGGAGAACUUCAGUGGGGAAUAGAUGAAACAGCUGCUUGCCUUGAAAGAGUUUUGCAUUUAUACAAGAGUGGCAUGUACCUCCAGAACGCUACCCACACACCCAAAUCUGAUUACAGAAGAGUUCCAGAAGCUGCUAUCCUCAAUGAGAAUUACAGGUGUUGGCCUUCUUACCAUCAUAAGGGAUGCCUUCUUUCCGUGUUUGACGUGAGAGAGGCCAUUGAGGUUUGUGAGAGUCAUUCACAGUGCAAAGCUUUCGUUCUCACCAACCAAACAACAUGGACAGGUCGUCAGCUGGUCCACUUCAAGAUGGGAUCCACUUCUCUAGCAUCUGACCCUGACAAGACAACAUAUGUGAAAGUGGCUGACUGAAAGCUAACAUUGCUAAUGAAUUCUGUGCAGGUUUACUCAGAAGUAACUCCUAUGAGGUUCAAUAGGAUUUACUCCCUAGUAACUGUGCAUAUAGGUUUGGGGUCAACCGUGUAAGAUAUGAUAGCAGUUUGUAUCUAAAUGUGGACUGCUGUUGCUUACAAGCAAGCUGAGGAACGAGAGGGAAUUGCACUAAAACUCCUUCUAAUCUAAAGAGUAUGAAACCAAACAUUAGAGAAGAGGCACGCAUGACCAGGACAAAUGUGCAAUAAGUAACAUUUUUAAAAUGUGACUUUGUUUUAAGAAGCAAAAUGAAAUCCAAAAUGUGAGAUACUGUGAGGCUAGCCAUAGGUUUCUGGAAAGCAAUAGGCACCCUUAGGUGUGUUUUUCCUACUAGGGUUAUGCAUACUGUGUAAAAAAAAUGUAGGCCUUGAUGGGAAAUUCUUCCUUUCUGCAGGAAGGCAGGGGUCACCUGUUCAGAUAUUUAUGUGGGCAAGUACAAUCACCGCAGCACUGUUAAACCCAAAGCCUGGAAAAGUUACUUUUUAGGGGGCAUACAACUCCCAGACUCAUUAGCCAGGAUAUUCUGGGAGUCAUAGUCUAAAAAAGUAAUUUUCUUUCAAGCUCUGGUUAAACCUCAUGAGUCUAAAAUGUAAGACCAAACCUCCUAGAAGACAAUCAAUACUUCUGUUCAUUGUACCAAAAUAUACCAUACCAAACAUUAGGUUGGUGGUCCUUGUGUAAUGGAUCACUGCCAUAUCUAGUACAAUGGCCACCCUUUUCUUUUGAAAAUAGUCAGUUAAUCAUAUCAGUUGGAGGAAUUCUGUACAGGUUUGCCUCUGAGGAUAAAUUAAAAGGUUAAAAAAAGAAAAUACAAAGGUUUUGGAAGACGCACAGCGGACAAUCCAGCAGACACCAUCUUCUUCAUCAUCAUCAUCCUGUUUAUUUGUCUCUCAUUUUAAAAGAAAUGUCUCCUUCUCUUUUAGACUUUGGACAUAAAGGUCACACGGUGGGGUACGUUUUUAGAUGGUCAGGUGUAGUCCUUUUCUCAUUUCAAAAUAGAGUAAGCACGCUCUGCUGCAUUUGGUGGCCUUCUCUGCUAUGUGGAGCCUUAGAUCUCUGCCCCAAGGUCCUAUCCUGAUAUCUCUGUGUGGCCAUCUGUUGUUUUUUAGACAUAGGUUUAAGAAAUUGUUUAAUAGAUUGGCUGCCCAGUUAGCCAGGGGUGCCGUUUCAGUUCUUUAGAAUGAUUUUAAUCCGUCUAACAGAUUAAUCAACUAAAUAUUACAACUGUAGUAUCCAUUAGUUCAUUAGUAACUAAUGUUCAGUUUAAAAAACAGGCUGUCAUGAUGGCUGUCAUUGAGGUGAGUGGAGGAAGACGGAGCUAUACACUGCAGAGGUCCAAGGAUGUGAGCAUGUGCCUGCAGAUAACUCAAGAGAUGCAUUGCAUCUGUCCCCAGGCACACCUUCAAUUAGUGUCCCAAUCCUAUCUGCAGCAAUUGUACUGUCGUGGCCCGCUUAACGAUUGCCUUGCUUAACGAGGAAAUCGUUUUACGAUGAGG